AUGGCGGCUAAACCCCAUGUAAAAAUCGCCGUCGCCCUUUUCCUCUUUACCUUCUCCGUCGUCGAAAGCUCGACGGACCCCGGCGAUUUAGCCGUACUCGACGAUUUCAGAAAAGGGCUCGAAAAUGCCGAGCUCUUGAAAUGGCCGGAGGACGACGACCCGUGUGGCCCGCCCAGCUGGGACCACGUGUACUGUUCUGAGGACAGAGUUACUCAGAUUCAGGUCAGGGGCUUGGGCUUGAAGGGCCCUUUGCCUCGGAACUUCAACAAGCUGUCCAUGCUGCAAAAUUUAGGGCUUCAGCAGAACCAGUUUACUGGAAAGCUGCCGUCUUUUAGUGGGUUGUCCCAAUUGAGGUACGCUUAUCUGGAUUACAACGAAUUUGACACCAUCCCUUUAGAUUUCUUUGAUGGGCUUGUGAGUUUGGAGGUUUUGGCUUUGGAUUAUAACCCCUUGAACGCCAAAAAUGGCUGGUCUUUGCCUGCUGGCCUGCAAGAUUCAGCACAGCUUACAAAUCUAACUCUCAUGAACUGCAACUUGGCCGGCCCUUUGCCUGCAUUCUUGGGAAAUAUGUCGUCUUUGGAAGUCUUGAAAUUGUCUUUGAAUCGGCUUACCGGGGGGAUUCCGGAUAGCUUCACGGGUUCUUUGUUGACAAUUCUUUGGUUAAAUGAGCAGUCUGAAGGGUUGAGUGGUCCAAUUGAUGUUGUUUCAAGCAUGUCCUCACUCACUAGUCUUUGGCUACACGGGAACAAAUUUUCGGGUAAAAUCCCAGAUAAUAUCGGGGAUUUAGCUUCUUUGCAGGAUCUCAAUCUCAAUGGCAAUAAUCUUGUUGGUUUGAUCCCUGCUAGCUUGGCAAAUAUGGAAUUAAAUCAUCUGGAUUUGAACAAUAAUCAUUUCAUGGGCCCUAUGCCGAUAUUCAAAGCUGUUAAUGCUACUUUCAAGUCGAAUCCGUUUUGUCUCUCUGUUCCCGGAGCUCGUUGUGCCCCUGAUGUUAUGUCACUGUUGGAGUUUCUCGACGGGAUUGACUACCCGGCCCGGCUCGUCUCGUCGUGGAGCGGCAAUGACCCAUGCCCAGAUUCAUGGCUAGGAGUGGGGUGCGACCUGAGUGGAAAAAUCGUCACCUUAAACUUGCCAAACUCGAACCUUUCCGGCACAUUAAGCCCGUCGAUCGCGAAUCUCGCCUCCCUCACUCAUAUAUAUCUGGAGUCCAACAAUCUCUUGGGUCCCAUCCCGACUAACUGGACCAGCUUGAAAUCUCUAGCACUUGUUGAUUUGAGCAAGAACAACAUUUCCCCACCCAUCCCGAUUUUCAGCGCCAACGUGAAGCUCGUCUUAGGAGGAAACUUUUUAUUAAACCCCACCCCGGCCGGCGGGCCCCACAGUGGCUCGUCACGGGACUCACCGCCCUUCCCUCAUUCGUCAGCUGUCAAUUCCAAUUAUAGCCCUGAUAGUUCUUCUUCGUAUGAUUCAACUGGACGAAGAAGAAGAAGCCCCAACAGGCUACUACUUGUAGUUUUAAUCCCCACUUUGGGUUUUGCCUUUUUGGUAUUCGUGUUGGUUCUUUUGUCCAUUUGCCUCUGCAGAAGGAAAAAAGGGGAAAGGCCCACGUCGAGCUCCCUUGUAAUCCACCCACGGGAGCCGUCCGGUUCGAACAGCACGGUCAAAGUGGCAGUUGCGGACCCCAACUCCUCAAGUUGUACCACAAGCAUAAACAGCGGUACCCGGUCCCACGUCAUUGAGUCCGGCAAUCUGGUCAUAUCCGUUCAGGUCCUGAAAAACGUGACCAGAAAUUUUGCGCCCAAAAAUGAGCUCGGGCGUGGCGGGUUUGGGAUCGUCUACAAAGGCGAAUUAGAUGAUGGGACUAAAAUAGCCGUCAAACGAAUGGAGGCUGGAAUUAUGAGCAGCAAAGCCUUGGACGAGUUUCAAUCUGAAAUAGCGGUUCUUUCGAAAGUCCGCCACCGGCAUUUGGUGUCUCUUUUGGGGUACUCGGUCGAGGGUAACGAGAGGAUCCUUGUGUAUGAGUAUAUGUCUCAGGGGGCGCUCAGCAAGCAUCUCUUUCACUGGAAGAAAUUGGAUUUGGAGCCUUUGUCUUGGAAGAGGAGACUGAAUAUUGCGCUUGAUGUGGCUCGGGGGAUGGAGUAUCUUCACACUCUGGCUCAUCAGAGUUUUAUACACAGGGACCUUAAGUCGUCAAAUAUAUUGCUCGGUGAUGAUUUUCGAGCAAAGGUGUCGGAUUUCGGACUGGUUAAGUUGGCUCCUGAUGGGGAGAGGUCGGUCGUGACUCGUCUGGCCGGGACUUUUGGGUAUCUCGCGCCUGAAUAUGCUGUUAUGGGCAAAAUCACGACAAAAGCGGACGUGUUCAGCUUUGGAGUUGUCCUAAUGGAGCUGCUAACCGGCAUGAUGGCCCUCGACGAGGCCCGGCCUGAGGAAAGCCAGUAUCUGGUUUCUUACUUCUGGCAAGUGAAAUCGAGCGCGGACAAGCUGUGGGCCUCCAUCGACCCGCCACUGGAUGUCAAGGGUGAGGCCCGCGAGAGCGUGUCCAUUGUGGCCGAGCUCGCAGGCCACUGCACAACCCGCGAGCCCGGACAGAGGCCUGACAUGGGCCAUGCAGUGAACGUCCUGGCCUCGCUAGUUGAGAAGUGGAAGCCACUCGAUGACGAGACUGAGGAAUAUUGUGGCAUCGACUAUAGUCUGCCGCUCGACCAAAUGGUGAAGGAUUGGCAAGAGGCUGAGGGCAAGGAUGUGAGCUACAUGGACCUCGAUGAUAGCAAAGGGAGUAUACCGUCUCGGCCUGCGGGUUUUGCCGAGUCCUUUACAUCGGUUGAUGGCCGUUAG